CAUUUCUACUCAAGGAUGGAGAAGGAUGGUAGGAAGUCAAAAACGUUUGUGUCUACUUUCCGGUUGAAUCUCAAGCCUCGAGCCAAACCUCUCUGUGUGGAGAGGCAGAGGGAGGAUGGACUGGAUCCCACUAACAGGACGCUGAUGGGAAACAAGAAACUUGGAGUCUCAUCCACAACAGACUCCAGGCCAACACUGACACCCGUCCAGGCGGAGGAAAGGCCUCACUUCAAACAGCCGCUCAGUGACUGUACGGUGUGUGAAGGAAGUGAUGCCACAUUUCAAGGUGUUAUCACAGGAAGUCGGCCUCUGAGCGUUUCCUGGCAACACAAUGGUGAGACGGUGCGUUCAAGUAAUACGGCCUUCAAAAAUGGUGUUGCCAGCCUGGUGGUGACUCAGUGUUCACCUGGAGACGCCGGGACGUUUACCUGCACAGCUGAGAAUAGCGCUGGGAAGCAGUCGAGCAGUGCUGUGUUACAUAUCAAAGCAAGAAAGAAAAUCCCUGGAACAAGCAACCAUGAGCCGUAUGGUGAGGUCACGCUCAGGGCUGCGUCACCUGAAAACGUCCAAUUGUCUUCAGCUUCCGAAGAGAAAAGCCAACAUAAAGAGGACAACAAAGCACCCGCACCUGUAUGUCCACCUCCUUGCUCGGCCUCCACAGACCUUCAAGCAAAAGUCCCUGCUAGAAAAGGACCUCCUGUGGAGUUUAUAGGCCCGCCAGAGCAGGUGGAGGUCCGAGUAGGAGAGCAGGCCCGGCUGCACUGUGAGUUCAGGAGCAGCUCAGCUCCUGUGGCCUGCUGCUGGAUUUUCAACAAAGACAAGGUGGUGGCAGGUGGGCUGAGGUUGUCCGUCAGCAGUAGUGAGACACACAGCAGUGUGGAGAUCUCUCAGGCCUGUCCGGCCGACGCAGGCUCGUACUGUCUUGUCGUCCGAAACAGACAAGGCUCUGCCCAGCAUACAGUCUCCCUCAGUGUCAUAGACCGCCCCGACCCACCUGCAUCCCAACCUGUUGUUUCCCAGCUGUCCACGCAGUCCCUGGUCCUCUCCUGGACGGGCCCCAGCUACGACGGGGGCACGGCUGUGCUGGGCUACGUCUUGGAGGUCAAACAAGAGUGCCUGGACAAGCCCGGGAGCUGGACCGAGGUAGCGAGCCGUUGUAAGAGCACAUCCUACCACGUCCGCUCCGGCCUGGAGCCUCAGGGGCAGUACCGCUUCCGUGUCAGAGCCUACAACUCGGCAGGGGCCAGCGAACCGAGCCAAGAGUCCGAGUGCAUCAAGAUGGCCACUGCGAAGGAGAAGAAGAAGAAGAGGGAGGAGGAAGAGACAGACUCGUACGUCACAGUGACCGUCGACACCAAACACAAGGUCAAGGACCACUACAUUCUGCACGAGAAGCUGGGAGUUGGGAAGUUUGGCCAGGUGUUCCGUUUGUCCCACAAAGAGACGGGCCAGGAGUGUGCCGGGAAGUUCUACCGAGCCCGGACCUCCAAGGACAGGGAGGCGGCCCGCAAGGAAAUUGAACUGAUGAACAGUCUUCACCACCCCAAGCUGGUUCAGAUUCUGGCUGCCUAUGACACACGCUCGGAGUUGGUCAUGGUCAUGGAAUAUAUUGCGGGCGGGGAGCUCUUCGAACGCAUUGUGGAUGACAACUUCGAGCACACGGAGCUCACCAGCGCCCGCUACAUGAUGCAGAUCCUGGAGGGCAUGCAGUACGUUCACAGGCAGAACAUCGUCCACCUGGACCUCAAGCCAGAGAACAUCGUCUGUGUGGACACGACCGGUACACGGAUCAAGAUCAUCGACUUUGGCCUGGCGAGUAAACUGGAGGAGGGCACGCCUCUGAUGGUGAUGCACGGCACACCUGAGUUCGUGGCCCCCGAGGUGAUCAGCUUUGAGCCCGUGGGCCUGGAGACGGACAUGUGGAGCAUCGGAGUCAUCUGCUUCAUCCUGCUCAGUGGAGAAUCCCCCUUCCAGGGGAACAGUGACGCUGAGACUCUAAGUCUUGUGACUGCCGCCCGCUAUGAGUUCGACCAGGAGAGCUUUGAGGACAUCUCUGAUCACGCUAAAGACUUCAUCAGCUCCCUGCUGAAGAAAGACAGGAGAUGCAGAUUGUCAUGUACCGAGUCCCUCGCCCACCCAUGGAUGGCCUCGUUCACCCCUCUGACCCGCAGAGCCACCAAGUCCCUCAAUAAGGGGAAGAUGAGGCGCUUUCUGGCCAAGCGCAAGUGGAAGAAAACUGGCAAGGCUGUUCUGGCCCUCCAGCGGAUGGCUAACCUCUCUAACAGGCCAGACUCUCCUGGCAGCUCCUCAGAGGAGCCAGGGUGGAGCCAACAGGCAGAGGAGGCCAUCCAGUCGCUGGAUAAGCAGCUCCAGAGCGAACCCCGCUUCCAGCAGGCCCUGAAGGAUGCCACCCUUCGCAAAGGAGCGACCGCUCAGCUAACUUGCCUUGUCAAUGGCUACCCACAGCCGAAGGUGAAGUGGCUUCGGAACGAGAAGCCGGUGUCUGGAUCGUCCAGAGUGACCAUGGAGCAGCACGAAGACGGGAUCUGCUCUCUGGUCCUGGCUGAUCUGGAGCCUUCUGACUCUGGGGUUUAUGUGUGCAGGGCCGGUAACAAGCUGGGGGAGGCGAUGUGCUCUGCCAAACUGACGGUGGAGAUGUGACUGUGGAACUUCAGAUUUCACUUGGAAGGAGACUCUGCAGAAGCAUGGACCAAUUUGAGAAAUGGACAGUUAUUCACUGCCACACCGAAGGCUGCUCACACACAAGUUCAAGGCACAGAGGGUGUGUUCGGAUCUGUGAAGGGGAUCGUAACAUUUGAACGUGGUUUCGUUUUGCUACAAGGUCAUAACGCGUUGCUGUGGCUGAGCUCGGCACUGUUCACAUGAAAAUUGUACAUGUUGCACAUUUAAAUAUCAUUCCAAUGUACAUUUUUAAAAGGAAUUUAAAAAGGAAAAUUAAAGGCUGAAUUUUAGAGAAAAAACCUGAAUAUGAAUGUUUCUAAAUAAACUUUUUUUUUUUUUUUCUCUCAAAUUGAAACCAAGGACCAAAGACAAUCAAAAUGGAUGAAUAGCUUAAUGGGGAAAAUGAGUUUGG